CUCAAUUGACCUCGACCUUUAAUGACUCCAACUCAAAAAGCGUAAAAACCUUGUUUUACAACAAUUCCAGACAUUAUCUAAAUGUUGUUUAGUUAUAAAUGAGUAAAAACAGUUUCAUUAAUUCGCUUAUCCACCACAGUAGUGUUUAUUACGUGACAAUUGAAAAUGCAGCAAGCCUUUCUUGAAAUAAACGGAGUUAAAACCAACGUUUUAACUUAUGGAAAGUGGGUGGAAGAGUCGUUUAAGCCAUCAGAGCCCAAAGACAUUGUUUUGGUCAUUCCGGGGAAUCCCGGCUUGACUGGGUUUUACAAGAUGUUUAUGCACACUUUGAAUGAGAAAACGGGGUUUCCUGUGUGGUGUGUGGCCCAUGCGGGGCAUGAAAUACCAAAGAAGAAUCCACUUUUUUCAAUACAACGUUUGAAAGGGAAUGAGGGGCUGUUUGGGUUGAGGGGACAAGUGGAACACAAGCUUGAUUUUAUCAAGAAAUAUGUCCCCGAAGGUGCGAGACUCCACCUAGUGGGGCACUCAAUUGGCUCUUACAUGAUUUUGGAACUAUUGAAAGAAGAAUUAGUGAGGGAAAAAGUCGUCGAUGUUAAAUUAUUGUUUCCCACGUUUGAAUACAUGGCAGAGACCGCAAACGGGAAAUUUUUAAAUUUCGUAAAACCGUUCAUUUGGUUGAUUGUUUUCCUGUCAUGGAUUUACACACUCUUGCCCUCGAUUUUGUCCAACUUUUUAAUGUAUAUUUACAUGGAGAUAAAUAGUAUACCGAAAAUGCACUUCAGAGUUUUGGUUCAAUUAGUUGAACCAAGUAUUUUGCAAAAAGUCUUUUUUCUGGCCUAUGAAGAACUCGAGUUUGUCAAAGAACGCAAUGCUUCACUUAUUAAGGAAAAUUGCAACAAAAUCAAGUUUUUAUAUGGACAUAAAGACGGGUGGGCCCCUCCUGCAUACCGUGACAGUUUAAAAAAGGAUAUUCCUGAAGCCAACACCGAAAUGAGUCAAUUUGACCACACUUUUGUGCUAAAGCAAAGUCGCGAGGUUGGUAGUAUUGUGGCUGAUUGGAUUGUAGCUAAUUGAUUUUUGUUAUGUAUUUUUUACUAAAUAAAUGGUUUUGGUUGA